AUGCUCUCGUGUCUUCUCGAGGACCAAGUUAUCGAGAAGACUCACGAUGCACCAGAAGCAAACAAUGGCUGCAAGUUUUUUGAAAAAUCCGCUCUGUUCAAUGACAAAGACUUUCAAUUAUUACUUAACAAUCUUAAAUCCGUUGCGUAUUCCAUAAAAAAAAGUUUUGCGCUACAAGAAAACCUGCUUGUCUGGAUGUUCAACUUUAGAAACCAUAUUAAUAAAUUGCAUAAGAGUCUCGUGGCCGAGUGGUUAGCGUGUCCGUCUAUCACUCCCACGACCCGAGUUCGAAUUCUGCAGUUUCUACAGGUUCAUUCGGGUAGCCGACUUCCGGUCAACCCAGCCGUCCAUCCUUCCGAGACUUACGUAAUGAAAAUUUCAUUUGUACCUCUAGAUGAUACGUACAUGAUAGUUACGUCUACAUACGCCUAUCAUGUCUACAAGUGUGCACUGGCCACUGGGCUGCAUUAUACAACUCGCAAGGCCUAG